AUGAAAGACAGCUCGAAUGACCAUGAGCAGUUCCCAGCUUUCCCGUUCUUGAGCAGCAACCAACACUUGGACGAGACGAACUUUGGCAAGCCUUGGUCAGACAACCCCUUCUCUCCUUUUGCAGCACCAUCCAAAGGCGCAUCAGCAACCGACCUAGACAGCCACGACGGCACGGCAGCCACAGUUUCCACUUCCGGCAGCCACACAACCACCGAAGGUGAGACGACUUCCUUGGGUUGUUCGUCUUCCAAGAACAACCACCACAGCGGUAGCAGUCGUCCACGUCGCAAUCACAACAACAACAGAAAAGGCAAUAUGGGUCUCGGCGAUAAUGGCGUCGAUUCGGAUUUCUUGGGCAGUUUGGACGAAGCCUUUGCCAAAGGACCCUCCAAACCGAGCAACAGCAAGACCGCUACCACACCCACCAGCUCGCGUCGGACUCGUGGCAGUAGUCCUCAUGGUGACAAGAGCGUGACGAGUCAUGGCUCCCAAGAACGUCGUCAUACCACUAGUAGUAAUGCCCCCGUUCGUGGAUUGGCCCGACAGCGAUCUCAAAAAAGGGCUUCGAUUGCCGCGGCAGUAUCGUUAAUGGCUGUUGGCGGCGCGGACAAGGCAAGCGACAUCGCGGAUCGACGAAUUCCCAGGCGGAGCAAAACGCACGAAGACCGUCUCCAAGCCGCGGCCAAAAUGGGUGACCUCAAUACAGGGAUCAGUCUGGGCGGGCACGCAGCAGCCGACAAUUCUCAUACAGAACCACGACCACGACGAGGAUCUCGCAACAAUAAUAAUAGUAAGCGUCAAGAAGAAAUGUUUUAUGAUGAUGAGAUCCAUUCCGACGAGGACAAUGAGAGUUACGAAGCGUACGAUCGAAAAGAGGACCGCAGGGAAAAACGAGGAGGUGGAAGACGACACACCAAGGGACGCAGUGAUAGCGAUGUGGAUCUGGGUUAUGGCGAAACGCAUCAACACCAUCAAUCAGGAGGAGGAGGAAGAAGACAAAAUCGCCGACAAAGCAGCGAUAACGACCCUUACAUGGGAGGAGAAGGCCCGCAAACACCAGGUGGAAGGAGAAACCGCCGGAAUACUGAUUCAGAUGUUGAGCUCGAAUAUGGCGAUACACGCGAACCCGCACGUCGUCCUCGGUUGACGGGCAAAGGAGCGAGUAAAUCGUUCGACGAGUCCGUGGGAAAUUUGAGAGCCAGGCGUCGUCGUGCGUCGGUAAUGGGCGCGAAUGCUCCUUCGGAACACACGGAAAAGACAGACGCGACCGGUUACAGGGCGCGGGCAGGUAGGCGCAGAGCAUCCGUUAUGGGUGACGGGGGCGGUGGCGGAGGGGAGUGGCCAGAGGCGAGCCACCGGCACGAGGUGUUCGAGAAAAUUUGA